GCAAAACAUAUCUCAGGAAAAACAGCAACAUCCUGCAAGGGUCAAGGAUCUCCGGUACAUCAGUGGCAGGCCAGGAAGGAGCACUUCUUCUACUGCUAUGAAAGGAAACCUCUAAGCCCUACUACUGUACCAUUAACUAUUGUCCUCUACAAGAUCUGGAAAACAUGAAGACUGUAGCCCUCUUCAUUUGUCUUGUAGGAUUGGUUUUUGCUAUUCCAAGUGAAUAUAUUCAUUCUGAAGCCUCAAAGGAAGAGAACACAGGGUAUGUAGACAAGGGUGAUUUGCUGCCCAGUCCCAGAAACUUAAAACCAGGCUCUGAAGACAGGGAUGAGCCCCAGACCAUUAGGAAACAAGGAAGAACUGGGAGUGAGCAUCAAGUGAAAAACAGCCUGAAAAGCUUUGAUUUCCUUGCACUGCAUAAUAAACUAGGUUUGGCUUCUUAUAACCAGGACAGUGACUCUGGGAGCAGCAGCAGAGAACAGUCCAGCUCUGAGCACAGCCAGCUCAGGAAGCAUGAGAAACAUGGGAACAUGGCAAACAGACACCUUCCAGGCCAUGCAGAGCAUCCAUUGGGUGCUUUCAGCCUUCAUCCUGAGCACAACAUGUGGAAAUAUAACAAAAAUGCUGUUGGCCUGCCUGAAAAAAACAGUGAAAGCGAUGAAGAGGAAAGCAUGGAAGAGGAUGAGAAAUGGGAUGAAGAAACUGAUUACAGAGACACAAAGCACAAAGGCCAUCAGACACGUCAAGGUGACCAAUACAAAAGACAGCAACAUGAGAACAGCAUGCAAUUAGAUGAACUCCUGGGAGAUUCCAGACAACCAACCUGGAAAACCAAGAGACACAGCAAGAAAUUUGACCUAGAGAAAGAAGAGAGGGAGAACAGAAAGAAGUCCCCAAAAGAAGAAAUCCCCCCCUCUCAAAAAACCCAUAUUGAAUAUCAGGAUGCCAAACAGCAAAGUCAAGAGAGAAAAUACAAUAAUCAAGUGAACUAUCAGAGUGAUCGUGACACAGCGGUGAAAAUACAAGACAGGGAAGACGGUAAUGAUGAUGAUGGUCACAACAGUGGUGGCAUUGAUGGUGAGGAAUAUCUCAGCAAUACCUGGAAAGAAACAGCCUAUGAGGAAGAGGAGAGAAUCCAGAGUAACGACCAGGAGAGCACCAGUACUGAGUCUGAAGGGGAAGGAACCAUGGAAGAUGACACUGCAGAUCACAAAGAGACUGAGGAUUUCCAAAUUGUCAAGAUUAAAGACCUUGCUCACUCUGAACAAGAUGAUCAUGAGCCACCUGAUUCUGACAACAAGCAACAACUGAAAAUGAGUAGCUCCAUUCAGAACAUGAAUUCAAUGGACAGUGAAGAUAAGGUUAAGACUACAAACAGUUCCCAUGGUGAGAUGGAAAGUGUCAGCAAGAGGAAUGAGGACGCUCUCCUUGGACUGCCAGACACAUGUCAGAACUUCCACUGCAAAAGAGGCAAAGUCUGUCAUGCAGACAAACAAGGGGAACCCCACUGCAUUUGCCAAGAUCCUGCUGCUUGCCCUCCCACCGAAGACUAUGAGCAUGUUUGUGGUACAGAUAACAAGACUUAUGAUGGCACAUGUCAGCUCUUUGGCACCAAAUGUCAACUGGAAGGGACAAAAACAGGACGCCAGCUGCACCUAGACUAUAUGGGCUCCUGCAAAUACAUCCCCCCCUGUACUGAUUAUGAAGUGGAUCAGUUUCCCCUCCGGAUGCGAGACUGGCUUAAGAACAUCCUUAUUCAAUACUAUGAACGUGACCUGAACACUUCUGGGAUUCUAACUGAAAAGCAAAGGAAUAAGGUAAAAACAAUCUACCAGAAUGACAAACGCCUUGUGGCUGGUGACCACCCGGUUGAGCUGCUCCUGCACGACUUUGAGAAAAAUUACCACAUGUAUGUGUAUCCUGUGCACUGGCAGUUUCACCAGCUUGAUCAUCACCCUGUUGACAGAUUAUUGACACACUCGGAGCUCGCACCCUUGAGAGCCUCCCUUGUUCCCAUGGAACACUGCAUAACCCGUUUCUUCCAAGAGUGCGAUGGAGACCAGGACAAACUCAUUGCUCUGAAAGAAUGGUGCCACUGCUUUGGGAUUAAGGAAGAGGACAUAAAUGAAAAUCUCCUAUUCUGAGCCCAGCUGAACAGACUCCCACUACUGCACUAAAACUGAUGAAUCCUGCUUACUUCUGUAAUUAACAGCUGAACAGCUUUCAAGAAAAUGGUGGAAUAAUGUUCACUGAAUUCUUAUCAAACAACCCAAGUGAAGAAAAUUUCUACUUUCAUUAACAGCAGAAAAAUGUAACUACUUCAGAGCUAAAAAAUCAGUGUUUCCCCCAACAUGUAUCCAUGAUCUUCCCUAACCAAUAAAUACUACUAACAUAAUGACUAAGCUGCUCACAAAACUCUUCAGUAGAAUUAUAGAAUGUAGAUUUUAUCACUCACUGAAAUGGGACCUGUUUCCUUUAUUUACUGUAUUGUCAAUUUAACACGCUGCAUAGAAGUCUCAAAUAAAAUAGAAGUCUAUUGGA